CACUCACUCACACUCACACCCUCCCACAACCCAACCCAGCCAUGGCCGCCUCCACCAUGUCCCUCUGCUCCAGUGCUUGCACCGAGCCCUGGCAGGUAGACGACUGCCCAGAGAGCUGCUGCGAGCCCCCCUGCUGCACCUCCAGCUGCUGCCAGCCCAGCUGCUGCGCCCCAGCCCCCUGCCUGAGCCUGCCCAGCUGCUGCGCCCCGGCCCCCUGCCUGAGCCUGGUCUGCACCCCAUGCUGCCAGUCAGGCUGCACCAGCUCGUGCACACCCACGUGCUGCCAGCAGUCGAGCUGCCAGCCGGCCUGUUGCUCCUCCUCCUGCGAGCCGUCCUGCUGCGUGCCCACCUGCUGCACACCUGCCUGCUGCACACCUGCCUGCUGCACACCUGUCUGUUGCACACCUGUGUGCUGUAAGCCUGUCUGCUGCACACCUGUCUGCUCUGGUGCCUCUUCCUCCUGCUGCCAGCCUGCCUGCUGCUCCUGCUCCCCCUGCCAGUCGGCCUGCUGCACACCCCUCUGUUGUACACCUGUGUGCUGUACACCUGUCUGCUCUGGUGCCUCUUCCUCCUGCUGCCAGCCUGCCUGCUGCUCCUGCUCUCCCUGCCAGCCGGCCUGCUGCGUGCCCAGCUGCUGCACGCCCUCCUGCUCCUCCGUGUCCCUGCUCUGCCGCCCUGUGUGCAGACCCACCUGCUGCCUGCCCUCCUCCUCCUGCUGCUGCACCUCGUCCUGCCAGCCCAGCUGCUGCCGCCCAUCCUCCUGUGUGUCCCUGCUCUGCCGUCCUUCCUGCCCCCGCCCCGCCUGCUGUGGCCUCUCCUUGGGCCAGAAGUCCUGCUGCUGAUGGGCCUUCCCCAGCUCCCUGGGCCCUGCAGACAGCUCCAUGCCCCACACCCCUGUGUGUUCUACCCACACACAAUAACCACAGAGGCCACUUCAUUAAUUAGGCUCAUGAAAAGACCAACAGCAAUAACUAACAUAAAACAGAGCAGUGGCAAUAAUAUGCUCUAAUAAAAAUGUGAAAA